GGUUCUGGUCUCGCUUCAUUUAAUUGAAACUGUCGAUUCUCUCUCCUGUUUAGCUUCUGAAAAGAUGAAUUUGUUGAGACCAUAAUUGUCGUCUCUUUGAAUUCCAUAUGUUUUCGACCGAAAACGGUCGUUGCGUUUGUAAUUUGUGAACUCGGGGGGACGGAGGACAUGAGAUUCAUCAGGUUCGCUCGUUGCUCAUGAUUCCAAACUAAAUCAUCUCUCUCUCUCUCUCUCUCUCUCUCUCUCUCUCUCUACGGCACGUUACUGCAAAUAGCUUCGGUAAUAAAUUUGCAAGCAUCGAACUCCAGGGAUUGACUAUCUACCGAGUACAGUUAGACGUGUCAUGUAAUUAUGCGAUUGAGUGAAGUGACUGUUGCUCAGAUGUUACUUCCUCCAUUGUUGUUUUCAGAGCUCCAGCUGCAAAACCCGCAGGUUCACUCAACUAGUUCACGUGUUUCUUCUAAGGUGGAGCAAGCAAGACGGUGGAAACAGGUCACAAACCGGACUCCCCAAUAUAUGACUUUGGAAGCAGCUCAACUGCAGCUUGUGGGUCAUGAUCAUCCCCUCUUUUUGCCAACAUCCAACAAGUACCCCUUUGAUUUCAACCGCAAACGCCCACCUUUCCUAGAGGGAUAUCAUGAUGCAGCAUUGAAGUUCCCUUUUCCCAAAGAAGUCCAUCAUGGUCCAGCUCUAGGUGAGAUUUCAUCUGUGGGACCGUCCUUCAUCUCUCAGGCUCAGACCACAGAUGCAUCAGCCAAAGGCUCCCUAGGUCAUACACCUGAAAUUAGGAGCGAAGCAAUGUUGUCACAAGGACCCGCACUGCUCACCAUCUUUUACGGAGAUGGUGUUUAUGUGUACAGUGAUAUCACUCCCGAGAAGGCUGAGCUCAUAAUGUCUAUGGCGAGAGAGCAGCCGACCACAUUGUCCACGAGCCAAGCACAACAUCUUGAAGUCGCUAGCAACAUUCAUCGUCCCCGUGCAACUUACCCUCAAGGCACUCUGCCUCAAGCCCGCCGAGCGACCUUGGUACGAUUCUUGGAGAAGCGCAAAGACAGAUUGAGCAGUGACAUUUACAAUCUCAUAAAGAAAUCAUCCGAGAGCACAAUCUUUCCCCAGAGGAGCUGAAUUAAAGCAGCUGAACUGCAAAAAUUAACCUUCUCGUGUUUGUUUAGUCAUCUUCUUUUUAUUGAUUACCCAUUAAUCUCUGGCUAUUACCUGGCAUGUUACGAGACCGGUAAUGCCUUCACAAUUGCGACAUCGCUAAGUAUGAUAAUUACGUGGAAAAACUUGUUGCAUCUA